UCAAGUGGGGGAUCGUUGUACUUAAUUAAUAUGCCCCAACAAGUGGCAUCUAUCCAACGAUUCACACUUAACUCCCAUCCCACGUAUGUACAUAGAGAGUUAUUGUUAAGUUUCGACAUUUCACAAACCCACUAUAUAAACAACACCAGCAUCACUCCAACUCUCCAACAAAAACAUAAGGACUCUACCGAUCAUCUAGGCCAAAAAAAAAAAAAGGAUACAAGAAAGAUCAGAAGAGGAUCAAUCGACAUUCGCAUUUGGAUGGCGUGUUUUUGCUUUUUGGUGGAUCAGAGGAGGAUGAUGAGGAGGGCGAAACCGGUGGCAGGAACAUGUUCAAGGUGCGGUAGUGGUGCAAAAGUUGCAGACAUGCAAGUCUCCACAAGAUUUUGUAACAUCCCUCUUUACUGGGAAUCUUGGAAAGCUAUUGUAUGUACUUACUGCGGAGCUACUCUUAAGUCCUACAAAUGAUCUUUUUUCAAUAUAUACAAGCACCAAUCGGACAAUUUCAGUUUGAAUGUUGUUCGGGAAUUUUUAUGUUUUA